UGUCAUUUUUAUCAGAUUUAAAACCCAUCCAAAACCUAUAUAUAAAGCCAGAGAAGAGAAGAGCCAAAGCUCACAGAUCUGAAAUCCUAUCUAUCAAAAGAAUUAAAAUCCAAUUCCUAGAAAAGGAAAAGAAAAAGCAAAAGCAAAAUGGCAACUCCAGACGAAAGUCCUUCUGCGAAGCGGUGGCUUCCUCUCGAAGCUAACCCCGAUGUUAUGAACCAGUUUCUUUGGGGUCUGGGUCUUCCGGAGGAUGAGGCAGAGUGCUGCGAUGUUUAUGGCUUGGAGGAUGAGCUCUUAGCAAUGGUCCCUCAGCCUGUUUUUGCUGUCCUUUUCCUUUUUCCAAUAACAUCUCAGACCGAAGAAGAGAGAUUGCAGCAGGAUAAUGAGAAAAGAGAUGCUGGCAGUAAAGUUUAUUUCAUGAAACAAACUGUGGGAAAUGCUUGUGGAACAAUUGGACUUCUUCACAGUGUUGGAAAUAUCACUUCAGAAAUCAAGCUUCAAGAGGGAUCAUUUUUAGAUAGGUUUUUCAAAUCUACUGCAAGCAUGGAUCCAAUGGAGCGUGCAGCAUUUCUUGAGAAUGACAGAGAAAUGGAAGAUGCUCAUUCUGUGGCGGCUACAGCUGGUGAAACAGAGGCUUCUGACAAUGUAGACACUCAUUUUAUUUGCUUCACAUGUGUUGAUGGGGAACUUUAUGAGCUUGAUGGAAGAAAGUCAGGACCGAUAUCACAUGGUGCUUCCUCACCAAGUAGCUUAUUGCAGGAUGCAGCGAAAGUCAUAAAGGGCAUGAUCCAGAAAAAUCCUGAGUCACUCAACUUCAAUGUUAUUGCAGUUGCGAAGAAAGUUUCAGGUGGAUUUUAAGAUGGCAGUUGUUGGCAUCAAUUUCCUUCAAACUUGUUAGAUUCUAAAUAUUCAGUCACCUUGACAUAUUCAGCAUAUCUCUUUACUCCUUUCAUCCUCUGCAUGUGGGCAACUUAGUUCGAACAGAUAUAUCUGUUGCCACGUAGCAAACAGGCCUAUUUGAUGAUUUAUUGUAGAACCCUGCUCGUUAAGAAACUUAUUGUAUGUGGCUGCA